AUGGUAAGAAAGAAAGUAAAAAAGCCUGCCAAACGACCAGGAUAUGGGAAUAGAUCAAACGAAGCCAGCAGAAAAGAUCUAUUCGGAUCAGCAAGUCCAGGAAAUAACGCAAUCGGACAAAUGGAGAUGUCUGAAGCGGAUAAGAAGGCGAAAGUGCAGUUUUAUCUCGAACAAAUGAGGCAAGCGGCAACAGAAAAAGUCUACAAAAGCGUGUACGAAUACUACAGGCAAGAUGAUUCUAAAUCUCUUAAGACAAAAAAUGCGACAGAAAAAAAAGUGUCAAACAAUUCUGCCAUUGAAGCCGCAAAUAGAAAUUUAGAAAAGCAGAAACUCAUUCUUGGGAAUCCUCAAAUUGGCGCUAGAACUACUCUUAUGUAUCCUGAGCAUCCGCCCUUGAUGCCUAGAGAAGUCAAUGUUUACGGCUACAUGACUACGAUCGAUUGCAGUGAAGAAUUGGCGAAGAAAGCUAAACGGUUCAAACUGGCGGCUCGCAAAAAGGAGCUCCAGAAAUUGGAGGACGAAAAGGCCGCAUCGAAAAAAAUCAACGAAAAAGAAGAUGCCGCCGAGGAUGAAGUCAUCCCCGAAACUUCCGACGAAGAGGACGACUUGGGAAUUGAAUUCGAGAAGGUGGCCGUCAGUGUCGCCGAAGCCGAGGACCAGGCAGCCAAAAAACUACUAGCCAGUCCAGAAAAAGUCGCGGAGUUGGGAGCGCAAUCCUUUCUCGAUCGCACUUUGAACGAUAAGAAGAGCCAACGAAUUUCUCAGCUUGUUGAGCAGCUUUUUGACGAGCUGAUUGUGAAACGACAGAAUGUUCAGCGAGGAAAGGGACACAAGGAGUUGAACUUGAGAAGCCGCAUCCAAUGCCAACUAGAAUUGCUUACGGGAAGGGAGAAAUUGGAAGAAUUAAGAGCCGCGAAAGAGAAAGGAGAGACGGAUUUAUCCGGACAGAGUAUACGCGAGGAAAUCAUCAAAAUUCGAAUGUCUCAAACGGAACUUGGUCUGAACUUCAAAAGAUCGGUCGAAAUGUACAAAGUUCUGUCAGAACAUGUCGAGAAAAGAGAGCAGGAAUACCGUACGUUUUUGGAAGCAUGCAAUUACGCUGAGGACAGACCUGUAAAGGAGUAUUCAACACGAACGAGAAGAUGGGCGAGCGCGGAUGAGAUGCGUGACUUUCCGUAA